UUUUUGGGGCUCGCACUGUUCCAGAGAAUGCCAGGCGGGCUCCGGCACUCUCCCUGGGUCGAACGACCACCUUUCUAUCUCGUCCCAUGUUGUCCUCCUCCAGAUAGUGCUGCUCCAUACCACACUGCUUGGUCCUUUGGUGGUGGGUGAUUCUGUAAUGGUCGUCAUAGGUGGAAGAAGAGGAGGACCAAUGCGCAGCGUGGUCCCAGAAAAUGGUGUUUGGCAUCCGGAAGCGUAUCCAUGACCACCUGGUGGAGCGAAGAAUCUGCAGAACCCGGCUGGUGACCAAAUAUGGGCGCUGCAACAUUGAAUUCGGCAACGUGAAGUACGGCAACCAUUUUGCCUUCCUCUUGGACUUCUGGACGACCUUCGUAGAGUUCCGCUGGCGCUUUGUCCUCUUCUUCUUCAUCGCCUCCUUCACCCUGAGCUGGUUCAUAUUUGGACUGCUGUGGUUCUGGAUCGCCCGGAACAACGGGGACCUGACGUGGCAGAACCCCUCGAAAGGCCACAUCCCCUGUGUGGACAACGUCUACAAUCUCAUUACAGCAUUCCUCUUCUCCCUGGAGACACAGACCAGCAUUGGUUACGGUGGACGUGCCAUCACCCCUUUCUGUUCUGGUGCUGUAACCCUCAUCAUUAUCCAGUACCUCAUAGGUAACAUCAUCAACUGCUUCAUGUGUGGAGUCAUCCUGGCCAAGAUCUCCAUCCCUAAGAAAAGGGCCAAGACCAUCACAUUCAGUGAGAUGGCUGUCAUCUGUCCUAAGAAGGACUUCCUUUGCCUCAUGAUAAGAGUGGCCAACUUGCGCAAGACCCUGAUGAUCGGGAGCCAGAUCUACGGCAAGCUGUUGAGGACAACCAUCAAACCCGACGGGGAGACAAUCAUCAUGGACCAGGUGAACAUUGAGUUCGUGGUGGAUGCUGGAAAGGACAACCUUUUUUUUGUGUGCCCUCUCACACUCUACCAUGUGAUUGACAAUACUAGCCCUUUCUUUGAGAUGGCAGUGGACACACUCCAUAAGCAAGAGUUUGAGCUGGUGGUCUUUCUGGACGGCACAACCGAGUCCACCAACUCAGCCUGCCAGGUCAGGACUUCCUUCAUCCCUCAGGAAAUCAUGUGGGGUUACAACUUCCUGCCCAUCAUCUCCCGCAACAAAGAGGGCAAGUACAGAGUGAACUUCUCCAACUUCUCCAAGGUGGUACCCGUGGCUACUGCACACUGUGCCUACUGCUUCCACAACAUGAAGGGACACCACCUCCACACCAUUGAUGGAAUUGACAACGGGGAAUUUGAAGUGAUUGAUAACUUAGAACAACCUAAUAUGACCAAGAUGUGAGCUUUUGGAGAGAAUAUGUGGAAUAGAAGCCAGUUAUAGGUUGUACUCUUAGAAGAAAAGGGUUCCAACAGGGUUCUUCAGCUAUGCCCAUAGGAUAGCCCUUUUGUUUCAACACUGUAAAAAAAAAAGAAAAAUCUGAACAAACCUGAUUUUCCUGCAUUCAUACUUUAAAAUUGUAUUAUUUAAUUUUAAGUAGGAUUUACUGUACAGUCAAAAGUGUUGACACACCUACUCAUUCAAGGGUUUUAGUCUUUAUUUGUACAAUUUUAUACAUUGUAGAAUAAGACAUCAAAACUGAAAUAUGAAAUAACACAUAUAGAAUCAAGUAGUAUACAAAAACGUGUUAAAUAAAUAAAUAAAAUAUAUAGUUGAGAUUCUUCAAAAUAGCCACCCAUUGUCUUUAUGACAGCUUUGCACACUCUUGGCAUUCUCUCAACCAUGAAGGGACCUGGAAUGUCACGUGGAGUGCAUUUCAAUUAACAGGUGUUCCUUGUUAAAAGUUAAUUUGUGGAAUGUCUUUCCUUCUUAUUAAUGUGUUUGAACCAAUCAGUUGUGUGACAAGGUAGGGGGGGUAUACAGAAGAUAACCCUAUUUGGUAAAAUACCAUGUCCAUAUUAUGGUAAGAACAGCUCAAAUAAGCAAAGAUAAAUGACAGUCCAUCAUUACUUUAAGACAUGAAGUUCAGUCAAUACGUAAAAUUUCAAGAACUUUUAAAGUUUCUUCAAGUGCAGUGGCAAAAACCAUCAAGUGCUAUGAUGAAAGUGGCUCUCAUGAGGACCGCCAAAGGAAAGGAAUACCCAGCAUUAUCUCUGCUGCAGAGGAUAAGUUCAUCAGAGUUAACUGCACUUCAGAUUGCAGCCCAAAUAAAUGCUUCACAGAGUUCAAGUAACAGACACAUCUCAACAGUUCAGAGGAGACUUUGUGAAUCAGGUUUUCAUGGUCGAAUUGCUGCAAAGAAACCACUACUAAAGGACACCAAUAAGAAGAAGAGACUUGCUUGGACCAAGAAACAUGAGCAAUGGGCAUUAGACUGGUGGAAAUCUGUCCUUUGGUCCCAAAUUCAGAUUUUUGGUUCCAACCGCUAUGUGUUUGUGAGACACAGAAUAGGUGAAAGGAUGAUCUCCGCAUCUGUAGCUUACUUAACCAGCAUGGCACACUUAACCAGCAUGGCUACCACAGCAUUCUGCAGCAAUACGCCAUCCCAUCUGGUUUGCUUUUCAUUUGUUUUUCAAUGGACAAUGACCCAACACACCUCCAGGCUGUGUAAAGGUUAUUUGACCAAGAAGAUGGCCUCCACAAUCACCUGACCUCAACCCAAUUGAGAUGGUUUGGGAUGAGUUGGAUCGCAUUGUGAAGGAAAAGCAACCAACAAGUGCUCAGCAUAUGUGGGAACUCCUUUAAGACUGUUAGAAAAGCAGUCCUGUUGAAGCUGGUUGAGAGAAUGCCAAGAGUGUGCAAAGCUGUCAUCAAGGCAAAGGGUGGCUACUUUGAAGAAUCUCAAAUAUAACAUUUAUUUUGAUUUGUAUAAAACUUUCUUGGUUACUACACGAUCAUUCUAUAAUGUAGAAAAUAGUCCAAAUAAAGAAAAACCUUGAAUGAGUAUGUGUGUCCAAACUUUUGACUGGUACUGUACUUAUUAAGUGCUGACUAGUUUAGACUGUUUGGCUUUUUUUUAAGCUUGGUUUUAUUUGUCUUGAGUUAUCUUACAUAGUUAUUACAUCUUAGUAUAAGGAAUUCUACAAGUUAAAUGAGACACAUUCCUGAGAGAACAGCUUUUUGAAGCUGGGAUCUACCAAUGACUGGUAUUUGAAGAUACUGUAUUUAGACUUGUUUUAAAAAUCAGACAUGAAGGGACUAUCAAACUAAUAUUUGUAUUAAAAACAUUUACAAUCUA